CGAGCUGUAUAUCACGGGUCAGACAUCUAUCUGUUGGACGACCCGUUGGCUGCAGUGGACGCACACGUCGGACAACAUCUCUUCCAACGAGUCAUUGGACCGAAAGGACUGCUGAGGAAUACGACACGAAUACUGGCCACACAUCACAUGGAAUUCCUUCGCGAAGCCGAUCACAUACUGGUGUUGAGUGAGGGAAGGGUUGUUGAGUCGGGCGGUUAUGACGAGUUGGCUGAGAGGGGAGUGCUUUCCGACCACGAGUUCAAUGAGUCGGACAAUCAGUCCAAAGGAAGUGGGGAUCAGAUGUCGAGACAGACCUCUCGAGUCAGCGAAAGUGAAUCGACGGCACAGUUAUUGAGACAAAUUUCAAUGACUCAAGAAAAUGAGCAAAAGAUAACCGAAAAUGAAGUGAAAAAUAGUCAACUCAUUGAUAAGGAGACAGAAAAGUUCGGAUCCAUUAAAAUGAGUGUAUAUUUGGAUUAUUUGAGACGAAUUCCCCUAAUCUACACAUUAAUCCCAUUCAUGUCUGCCUUUCUAUUCAAUGCGUGCGAAGUCGGGGCCAACUUCUGGCUCAACAUCUGGACGACACACAACUCAACACAAGUGGACAACACUUUCUACUUAAGUGUCUAUCUGUCGGCCAUAGUAUUGGAAGCCAUGUUUGUCCUCACCUUUCAGAUGAUGCUGAGGACGGGUGCCGUAAUCGCAGCCGGAGUGCUCCACAAAGACAUGUUGUCUUGUAUUCUGCGAACCCCUCUGUCCUUCUUCGAUGUGACCCCUUUGGGACGAAUCUUAAACCGAUUCAAUCGCGACUUCGAGCAGAUUGACGUACGAAUACCCUGGUGUUUGGGUGAAGCCCUGUUUCAUAUCAUUUAUUUCUUGUACAUCGUGGCAAUCGUUGUAUACAUGAACGCCUAUAUGACUAUCCUUAUACUUAUUAUCGUCAUUAAUCUAUUUGUGGACUUCGAGACAAUUAAAUCGUUUAAAUUCCAUCACUCGGUCACCGAUUUAUAG